ACAUACUUUUAAAAAAAUUAUAUAAAGUUGGCAACGCAACCAGCUGAACUUGACGGAAAUUUAAAUUUUGUGUGUCUGAUGUAACCAGAGUCAGAUUUACACACUUUUUAUUCAAUAAUUUGUUGAUAAUAGAUAGGCAUAUGUAAUAUUGAUAUAUGGCGCAUUACAUAUAUAUAAAUUAUCAAAACUUUUAUAACAAAUAGAGUUAGAAAUAUGUUUGCACGCCACGCUUGUAGAAUUGUGUUAUCAAACACAAACGUUUUGCAUGGCAGCAAAAAUAUAUUAAAUGUACACGGAAAUGGAGCACAAAUUUUAAAAAAUGGUAUUAGAAAAAUUGAAAAAACUGCUGGAGCGGAACAUUCAAUAGCAAAAAAAGCAUGGAAUAAAAUAUUUGGUAAAUUUCUACUAGCCACAAAUAUCAUCGGUUCUGGAGCUCUGAUGGUGGUGGGAGAUGUUGCAGCGCAGCAAAUUGAAUUUAAACGCAGCGGGAGAGCGGUGCACAGCAGCUUUGGUUACGAGCAUUUUGAUUUCGAGCGGAUGGGACGUAUGUUUGUUGUUGGUGCGCUAAUGGGUCCAUUGCACCAUUAUGUGUACAAUUGGAUGGAUCGUGUUAUGCCUAUUGCAAACUUUAGAAACACUAUUCAAAAAAUAUUAAUCGAUCAGUUAUUUAUGUCGCCCGCAUGUAUUCUCAUAUUCUUUUAUGGUGCAUGCUUUUUGGAGAAUAAAACGCUCAAGGAGACGAAUGACGAGUUGGUGGAGAAAUUUCCUAUUGUAUAUUUAAUGGAUUGGAUGUUGUGGCCUGGCGUGCAGUACAUAAAUUUUCGGUAUUUAGAUACAAAAUACAGAGUUACAUUUGUUAAUGUAUGUACGGCUUUAUAUAACAUAUUCAUGUCCUAUAUCAAACACGAUUUUCAUCACCUUCAGUAAUUCUUGCACAUUGUUAUUUAUUUGUAAAAUAUUUUUUGUGAUACUUUUAACUAAACGUAAGAUACUUUUAAUGUAGCUGCCAAAUAAAUAUAUACAACAUUGAUAAAUAACAUAUCAUUUAUAUAGAACAAUUUUAUUGUAUAUUUUUAAGAAAUGUAAUAAUAAUGUAACGAACCUUUCUGGCCGGGGUUUUGCUCGCCGGAUCCCAGGUUCAGUCCUACAAUAAAUUUGUUUGUUAGGAACAGUGGUGAGUUUGGAUGUACGGUGGACGGUGGCUUCGCUACAAUCACUGAGUGUUGCUUUCGUUAUAUACAAAGAAAAUAGCAAUGUAUGUUUCUAUUGCUACUGUAUAUCCGACUAUUGAUUUUAUAAUAGAAA